AUGUUAGGCUCAAAAGUAUCGAUCAAACAUUUGCUAUACACGACUGUUGAAAAUAGUCGAUGUUUUGACAACGUAAAUGCUGUGCGGGCCCUAGAUCAUUUUAGGAGACGAGCAGAUUCCAGAUAUGGCGUGGCUGAAACGCAAUGUGGUGCCAUUUGCAAACAGUAUUGGAUGUUACAAGCUUUGGUCAUGGAUGAGUAA